AUGUUCGCAACCACGAACACCGUCGGUGAGGAAUACAGCCCAGAAGGCCCCGGCUUUCUGGCCCUGUUGGCGGGUCUCGACUCGUCUGCAGGGGCCGCGAUCUUCUUCGCGGUGCUGUCCCUCCUCUGCGUUGUGGUCUGUUUCGUUGACCACAUCGCCGCCCAGAUUGUCGCCGUCACCGGCAAACUCGUCCUCCACCCGGUCAAGUCCUGUGUUCGCCUUGCGAGUUGGCUCGUCAUGCAACUCGCCGCUAUCCGCUCCCCCCGUGAGCUCCGAACCAGACUUGCUGUUGCCAAACACCGGGCAACAAGAUUCCUCGUCGAUUCGAUGCUCGCCCAGUUCGUCGCCUCCGCCGAUAGAUGGUUCUUCCCCCCUCACCGACCUCAAGAUACGGUCUUCCGGUUGUUCGGCACGUAUAUCGCUGGCUUGACCGCGUAUGGUGUCAUCCACGGCACUUUGAUGCCCUACCUGUCCGGGUUCUUCGGCGGGUGGACAUCAGAGUACGGGGAUUGGUCGCCAUACUGCUUGGGCAUGCUCAACGAAUACAGUGACGGCGUCUGGUUAGAUACGCGUCAAUGGUCGCAGGCCGUCUACUGCCUCGGAGAAGCGUCUGGGCUCGAGCUUUCGGCCAUAAUCUUUGAGGACUUGGAGUUUGACCGGUUCCUCGACAGCGAAUUCGCCUUCGUCCUUGCUUUCGCGGUCAUCUGUGUCUCGCCCGCCAUUGUCCGCGCCUUCUCUAUCGCCGCUUCUUCCGACGCACCGACCGAGCGUGCUGACAGUCUUUCGACAGAAGCAGAGAAUGCUGACGGCGAGACACGGCUCUUCCUGACGUCCCUUUCUCCACUGGUUUUCCGGUUGUGGAACGUGAUGGCUGAUCUUGACAAAAUCAUCAGCCAGUACAAGGGGAUCGUCGCUGCCAAGAUGGAAGAGCUUCGGAUGGCCAAGCAGGACGCUCAAGGAAGCCGGGCUAUCGCCAAGCAGCUGACUGACGAACGGGAUACCGCCGUUCAGAACCGAGAUGCACUGUCCUCCGACCUUGAGGUUAAGCUCUCGCGGACCCUUCAACAGCUAGCUGAAGCCCGUGCUAACUUGGGGCAAGAGGAGGAACGUGCCAAUGUGCGAGAGCGGCUUCUCUCCGACAAAGUCUCGAUGCUGGAACGUCAGCUUUCCCUUCGGCCGGCCCAGGUGGAGUCCAAGUCCCUGAGUGAGUUCGAAACGCUCAGAGCCGAGCUCGAAUCCGUUCGAGCUCGGAAUGACAAGCUCGCCGCCAUCGAGCACCGCCUGGCCGCCGCUGAAGCCCGGGAGACCGAAGCCCGCAACCAAAAUCGCCAACUCGAUGCCAAAUGCCAGCUUUUCGCCGCCCAGAACGCCGAGCUUGUCGCCAAAGUUGAAAGUGACGAGAGACGUCUCCCAAUCCUCGAGCAACGCUCACAGGAGCUUGCUGUCGAGUGCGCCACUUUCAAGAAGGGAUACGAUGACGCCGUUUCGCAGGUCAUCGACCUUCAACGACAGCUCGCUGCGACACAGGAGGCGGCCGACAACAAGAUUCGGGAACUCCAACAAGAACUCGCCGACGCCAACCUGAAGAACACCUCGCUCGAACUCGACUAUGAGAUGCUUGAGGCCCAGUUCGACGAUGUCCAGGAGCAGGCCGACGUUAGGCUGCCGAUGGAAAUCGCAGAGCUCAAGCAGCAGCUUGGUGUUGCUUCGAUUCGGCUUGACCAGGGUCAAAUGCGCGAGGCACAGCUUUCAGGGACCGUUGAGAACCUGAAAACUCAGCUGUCUUCGCAGGAGACCCAACUGGAGGACAAGCAGGUGUAA